AUGCAGCAGCCGAAUAGCUCACCUUGGAGAUCAAUAACUAACGUGUAUCAUACUGUGAUGAGAACUCCAGAAAAGAAGAAGAAUGGUGAUGACUACGAGAAUACUUCUUUAAAUGGAUCACCGUUACCUAAUUCUUUUAAAUUUACACCUACUAAGAAUACAAAGUUAUAUCCACAUUUGAACCCGCCCAAUGACAUAUGCGUCAAACUAAGGUCAAGUCCAAUCCAAAGCGACAGCAAUGAAAGUUAUAUUCAGAAAGACAACCAAUCAUUUAUCAAUGCCAUGGAUUCACUUCAAAGAGAUUUAUUUUCGAGUAAUAUUACUAGCAAAGUGCUGAACGAGUUCAGUUCGAGGUAUGAAAGUGUUAGAGAAGAGAAGAUUUUAAACAUACAAGAAUUUAACAACACUGUUACUAAUGAUGAAUUGAACAGACGUGCUUCAGAGCGCUUCAGUGGUAGUCAUAGAACCAGAUUCAACAGGAUGGAAUCAAUUGCAUUUCAUUAUGCAGCAAGAAGAAAUGAGCAACAACAACAACAACAACAACAACAACAACAGUCAAGAACACCUGAUGAAAAAGUGAUUGAUCGCAAAAUAAUAGAAACUGAUGAGGAUAUGGUUCUUUCAGAUUAUCAUUUAACACCAGGUGAUAAACGGCUCACCUCAAAAACAUUAGAAAGCGCAACGAAGAGACUUAAAAUUGACGAGUUCAAGUUUGUGGAAAUAGAUGACAGUCCAACUAAGACACAGACAGAAAAAGAGAAACUCAAAGAUGUAUAUCAACAAAGGCAUCAGCAACAGUACGAAGAACAACAUUUUCAGCUACAACAACAGCUGCGACAGCAACACCUCCAGCAACAGCAAAAACAACAACACAAACAACAACACAAACAACAACACAAACACCAUCACCAAUACCAGGAAUCAAAGCACCAACUACAACAGGCAGAGAAAAGUAUUCCCAGCUAUUUACAACCGACAAAAUCAUCAAUUCAAAGAUCUUCUUCUUCAAAAAGUAUAUCACCAUCUAAAUCUAGCAAGUCGAUUAAUCAGUUGAAAGAAUCAACGCCAUCAUUAAAACCAGCAGAAAAACAUACAGGGUUGAGCAAAUCGCCAUCAAUAUCUCCAUCUAAACAGCAUACCCCCAAACUGUCACCAUCUCGUGCAUAUUCGAAUUUGAAUAAGAUACUUACAUCAUCUCCUGAGAAAUUAUCAUCACCUACAAAAGAAGAGAAACCAAAAACACCAAUAACAAGGAUUCCAAGAUCCAAGACAAGUGGUUCUAUGAAUUUGCCGAGCCAUAAUAUCUCAAAUAGUAAACUUAAAGGUGAAUCAAAUACGAAGACAAAUCCAACUGCAAAAUCAAAAUCUUACAAUAACUUGAAAUCUAUCUCAACAUCUUCCUCGAUACCAAGAUUAGCGAGACUAGUAACUGCCGAAGCUCGUCUAAAAGACACUGCAAUCAAGGAGAAGCCAAAAUGGAGAUAA